AUGGUCAUCGUCCGCGACAAGAACCUCCCCCAGAAACAGGCAGUUUUUGCAAACUUCCCCGACCUGGAUGAGUGGAAUACGAAAGACAUUUUUCGCCGGCAUCCAAAAGUCUCAUACUAUUACAAGUAUCAGAGUCGGAAGGACGACGUUAUUGUCUUCUCGAUCGGGGAGAAGAUGAAUCCGAUUAAUGUGGAAAAGGGGAUCAAUGGCCUCUCGGGCGUGGAGUCUAGUCUGGUCAUUGGACAGAGGCGUCCAUAUCCCAUUCUGCUUGUUGAGUUGGCUGGCUCUGCGAAUAAGGACGAUACACUGCCUACUAUAUAUGAGGCGUUAGAAGACUUUAACAAGCACAGCGUAAAGUAUGCCCAGAUCCACCGCAGUGAUAUACUCAUUGCUACACCCGAAAAGCGCUUUGUCCGUACACCUAAAGGAACGGUCAACCGAUCCCAAACCAACAAGUUGUAG